AUGUUUCAUCUCUUACAACUGCUAGCGCUCGUUACGAUCGCCAGUUUACUUGUACAGUAUAGUGAUGCUAAAGUGUCAUGCUAUAUAUGUAACGCUUGCAACGACGAUAAUUAUGCUUCUCAGCAGAGUAAAAGAGACGGUUUCGAUUUUUGCAAAACUUUUGGAACUACUUAUACACCUUCUAAUGGAGUUUUCACAUCUUUUUCUCAGAGCGGUAGUGAAUAUCCAAUUGAUGACAACUGUGGAACAAAUACAAGUGGAGGUUAUCAACUGUUAACAAGAUGGCGUUGCUGUAACACAGAUUUGUGCAAUACAAUUAGCUUUGGUUUUCAGGACAAGAAUUCAUUAACUGCCGCAGACAAUGCUUAUUUGAAUAGCAGCAAUAUCAAAUAUAGUGCUGCUAGUAUACAACAUUUAUUCCUAGCCGUAUGUUUUGUUAUUUUAAUUAGCUUUUACGAAUUUUAA